AUGCUAGCCCUCGGCUACCUCGAUGCGGCCUGGCUGACGCUGCUGAACUUCGUGUUCUACUGCUGCCCGUCGGAGCUGCUGCGCGUGCGCUGCCGCGACCUGGUGGCGCCGCCCCGCGGGGGCUCCGCCGCCCUUCGGAAGUGGGGCGUGCUCCUCAGCCCGAUCGAAGGCGGCGCCCCGAGCAAGACCGCCGUGUUCGAAGAGAGCCUGCUUCGUGACAAUGCGGAGUUCCUGUGGGUCAGCCAGGUCCUCGAGGCGAUCACGGCCCGCGGCAGUCCAGAGGACUUCGUCGUCGGGUUCACCUACCCGCAGUGGUGCGGCCACUUCCAGCAGGCGGUCAACGCGCUGCCGAUCGAUGCCCUGCGGCCCAUAUCCUUGUACCACUUGGGACACGGCGGCGCUGGCCGCGAGAUCCUCGGUGGCGGGGGCGACAUCGAAGGGGUGAAGAAGCGGGGUCGAUGGCAGUCGGACUCGCCCUUCCACCAGCACGUCAAGGCCGGCCGCUUCAACGAGCAGUUGCAGCGGCUAGACGAUCGCGCUCAGGAGGCGGCCGCGCGGCGCGCCGACCGUUUAUCAUCGAUGAUCCUCGUGCCAUCCCGAGCUUGCUCGCUACUCCGUGAGGUGGAUUUGGAUUGGAGCUCUUUGCUAGGCAGGCCUGGUGGUCAGCCGCAUGGCGAUCUGCGCCUGGUCUACGCCGAUGGAGGUCUCGACAGUGCCCAGGUGGUGCCCCUGGACUGCCCGACCGCGCGUUGUCCAGGAUCCAGGAGGCCAGCGAGCUGA